AUGCAUGUCGCUGGCGGUGUCGUUCUGGUCUCCUGUCGCACUCAUCUCUACAUACUCACUCUCCCAAUUCCCGUCAUCUGGGGUCUCCGUAUGCCCACCAAACGCCGUCUGGCCGUCCUCGCAAUCUUCAGCUCGGGUUUCACUGCCAUACUGACAUCGGCCUUCUGGGUGCUCGCCUGGGGCAAAAUGCGCGACCAUCAGACCUCUCCUGCGCUCGCGAUCAACACUAUCAUCUCCUCCAUUGAGCUUUUCUUUGCCGUCAUGGCCGUUAACAUGCCGGCGUUUAAACCACUCUGGACGCGUAUGGUGGGCGACGUGACCAAUCGACCUGGUGCAUCGUAUAAAAUGGACGGCAUGUCGCGCGAGAAGAGUAGAUGGAGGCCAAGAGCGACACCAUUGGGAGAUUCGACUAAUUCCCCUAUGGGGCAGUCGAGGACACGCUCGAGGGGUGGUCUAGGCUCGGAGUCCGAAGAGGACCUUGUGGAAGCACGGACAGCUACAGAUUCGGAUGACGCAAAUGUAGCCGAAGCGGGACGGGUGUGGAGGAAUAGCGAUGGCGUCGAUUUCGUGAUUGCGACGCCUUCGAGGGGUGACAAAUACUCUUCAUCCGAGAAGUCGUCGAUGCCGUACGUAUGA